AUGAUCCAGAUAAUUGCUUGGGCCGCGGCCAUGUCAUUUGCGAUUGCGAGCACGGCGGGUCUGGCUCGACUCUCGCCCAAGUCGCGUCGCGCAACAGCUGGGCUCUUCCUCUUCGCACUCUCCGCAUCAUCUACAAUUACGCCAAUACAAGCAGCACGCACUGCUAGCUCCAUUACCCGACGACCGGCCACACUAUACGCCCAGCCAACAUGUCCACUCAAUAGAGAUACUUCUCCGGCAUACGUCGGCUUACGGACCUUCCACACAACCUCGCACAACUGGAGCCGUACACCUCAAUUCUCCUAUCAUGUCGCGUCAUCGUACUCUGCGAAGCAGGAUCGGUUCAAUGCGGAUGCGAACCUGUUCACGAACCCACCGUACGACCCGAGCAAGACCACCAUUGCCAGUUUGAGAGCUUGCAAGGACUCUAUAAACAAGGACCACCGUGCAAAAAGCGGCCAGGAUGCUUUCUUCUUCAGUCAGAUUGGAAAUACAAAAGCCACAACAUUUGGCGUAGCAGAUGGCGUCGGGGGGUGGGUUGAAUCUGGUUUAGACCCCGCAGACUUCUCCCAUGGCUUGUGCGAGUACAUGACCUGUGCAGCGCGCUCGUGGCCACAAGGUUCGAACACAACCUCGUUGCAUCCGAAAGACCUACUGCAAGUUGCGUACGAUGAGGUUACCGAGGACGAAAACAUUGAGGGUGGUGGCAGCACGGCAUGUCUGGCCGUUGCUGAGCCAGACGGUAGUGUAGAGGUAGCAAAUCUGGGCGACUCUGGCUUCAUGCACCUGGGGGGUAAUGCCGUACGACAUUUCACGCAGCCCCAGACGCACGCCUUCAACACUCCUUAUCAACUCUCUAAAACCCCCCACCGCAUGCUUGUGCAGAUGGCGGUUUUUGGAGGCCCUACAACUCUAUCAGAUCUACCCAAGGAAUCGAGCGUAACGCACCACAAAGUGCGCCAUGGGGACGUGCUCGUCUUUGCGACCGAUGGCGUCUGGGAUAAUCUCAGCCCACAAGAUUGUUUGGGCAUUGUCAGUCGUCAGAUGGUGGACCUCGGUGCCUGGGUGGAGAACGACGGCGCAAUCGAAGUUGGACAAGAUCUGGAGAAACUCGUACAUGCUGGCACGACUCAAAAGGCUGGCAAAUCGUCGCUGCAAGCAAAAGUUGCUGUUGCGAUUGCAAAGGAAGCGAAGACGACUGGUCUCAACACCCGUCGGGAUGGACCUUUUGCGAAAGAAGUGCAGAAGGCAUACCCUGGAGAAAACUGGCACGGCGGCAAGCCGGAUGAUAUUGCCGUCGUAAUUGCCAUUGUGCUGGAGGAGACUCCGCAACAAGCUUGA